UACUUUAAUAAGAAGGGACAUGGAUACUUCGGUGGAAGCAAGCGAUGUCUCUCUAUCUGAUUUUUCUGAAAGCAGGAAAGGGACGAAAAAAAGAAAGCGGAAAAUAGCACCCCUAAAAUUUGAGGAGGAUCCACUAGACGCUACAUUUUACAGUCCUGACCGCCCCCGAGCAGUUCCUAAUCCAAUUGGUGCGCCGGCUGUUGAAGUUCUGGGACAAACUAACUCCUGGAUUUUACUAGACGAGUUUGGACGACCAAGUGCAUCCCGACAGUUGCCUCGGAGACGGCCUCCAUCAUCACGUGGUCGUGAUGACGUCAUAACAUGCAGCAGAUCAGACUGCGCGCAUCCCUUGCACGUGCAUAGUAGAGUCGUGGCUAAGAUACCCAUCAAUAUCAGUGAUAAUGAUUCAGACUUAUUAAUUUCCAUUGAUGAUGAUCAAUCCAAUAUGGUUACUUUUCAUACAAAUUCGCCCUCUAGUUACUCGUUAAUCGAGAGAAAAACUGAAAUUUUAAACACUUCUACCUUGAAGGACUCAGAUAGUGGCAUUGGUAAAACUCAGAAAAGAGAUUCCAUUUCUGGGAUGUCUCCAGAUCAUCAAGCAAUCGAACUUUUGAAUAACGCUACUGAGGAUAUGAUAGGUUGUACAACUCCUGUCAUCAAAUCACCGGACCCAGAUAAAAUUAUUCAGAACUUAGAAACAAGUUAUUCAUUAACCCCCAUUUUAAAUUCACCUUCAUUUCAAAAGGUCGGCUUCUCUCAAUGCAAACCCGGCAAGACUGUGAAAAGGACUCGACAAAUAGAGGUCACGGAAUCCUGUCCUGACCCGGUCUAUGCGGAAAAGGAAAACCUGCGGAGACGUGUUGUUUUUGAGAGUCCCCGGACACCUAUGAGGGUUGGAUUAGUUAAUAAACUCCCGGUGAAUGCUAUGGAAACGCCUGAAAAUAAACCGGGAGAAAUUCUCGUGGAGGACACUCCAGAACACUUAGUUGGCCUGAGGAUGGUUACUCGUAGACUUCGGAGAGUUUUAAAACAAACUGUUCCUGAUUCUUUGAACUUUUAGAUUUUCAAAGAUAUAUGUGUAUUUUGCCUUGUUAAAUUAUUUUAUGGAAAUCUUAAGUUUUAUUUACGGUUUUAGCUCUAUCUAUUACAGUGAUGAUACUCAUAUUACCUCAACAGUAAUCAUAUAUUUCGUAAUUCAUAAUAAGUUCGCGGAGAAAAACUAUUCCACUCCUUUUUGAAUAAAAAAUAUUAAAUCAAUAUUUUUGCUUAGACAAACUAAAUAUAAUUCUGCUAUUUUAAGACUAUAACUAACUUGAUGAAAUGUACAAAAAUAACUAUUGAUCGUAUGAGACCAUCCGGGAAAUUAUAAUCUUAUCAGAGAUAGUUUUUGAUCAACGUCUGAUUUUCUGCUAUGAAUAU